CCUUCGUACUUCUUAUCCCCAAAUUGAAGAACACAGGCUCUUCUUCUUAUUCUUCAAUGGCGAAUUUCCAUCUCCCUUCUUCUUCAUUUUUCUUCUUCUUCGUUCUUUUUGUCUUCCCUCUAGUUUUCUCUCGAUCGCUGGAAACUCAAGAAACAUACAUCGUUCAUGUCUCUAAAUCGGAGAAGCCUUCUUUAUUCUCCUCUCAUCAUCACUGGCACUCUUCCAUUCUUGAAUCACUCUCUCCUUCACCUCAUCCGACCAAGCUUCUUUACAACUACGAGCGUGCCGCUAAUGGAUUCUCCGCACGAAUCACGACUGCUCAGGCCGAGGAGCUGCGUCGUGUUCCCGGUAUUAUUUCGGUGAUUCCUGAUCGGAUCCGUCAGCUUCAUACCACUCGGACGCCUCAUUUCUUGGGCUUGGCGGAUAACCUAGGGCUAUGGGCUGACACGAAUUAUGCUGAUGAUGUGAUUAUUGGUGUUCUUGAUACUGGAAUUUGGCCGGAGAGGCCGAGUUUCUCUGAUGAAGGUUUAGCUCCGGUUCCGGCAAGAUGGAAAGGUACCUGCGAUACUGGGGAGGGAUCUUCGGCUUUGGCUUGUAAUCGGAAGAUUAUUGGUGCAAGAGCGUUUUUUUUUGGAUAUGAGUCUAAUUUAAGGGGAUCGCUGAAAGGUUCUUCGGAUUUCAAAUCUGCUAGAGAUACGGACGGCCAUGGAACUCAUACGGCUUCAACGGCUGCAGGUUCGUUCGUUAAGAAUGCUAGUUUUUUCCAGUACGCUCGUGGUGAAGCCAGAGGUAUGGCGAGUAGAGCUCGUAUCGCUGCCUACAAGAUCUGCUGGGAAUUUGGCUGUUACGACUCUGAUAUACUUGCCGCUAUGGAUCAGGCGAUUUCCGAUGGCGUCGAUGUCAUCUCUCUCUCAGUCGGAUCCUCCGGCCGUGCCCCUGCGUAUUAUCGAGACUCCAUUGCAAUCGGGGCGUUUGGUGCAAUGCAGCACGGCAUCGUUGUUUCUUGCUCCGCCGGUAACUCCGGUCCUGGUCCUUACACGGCUGUGAACAUCGCUCCUUGGAUCGUCACCGUUGGUGCCUCCACUAUCGAUAGAGAGUUUCUUGCUGAUGUCAUUCUUGGAGACAAUAGGGUUUUUAGCGGCGUGUCGCUUUACUCCGGUGAUCCUCUUGGCGAUUCCAAGCUUCCGUUGGUCUAUGGUGGAGAUUGCGGUAGCAGGUAUUGUUAUUCUGGAUCCCUCGAUUCGUCGAAAGUCGCUGGAAGAAUUGUCGUGUGCGAUCGAGGAGGCAACGCCAGAGUCGCCAAAGGAGGCGCAGUGAAAUCCGCCGGCGGUCUUGGUAUGGUACUAGCGAACACGGAAGAAAACGGUGAAGAGCUCUUAGCAGACUCCCAUCUUAUUCCAGGAACAAUGGUCGGUGAAAUCGCCGGCAACAAGCUUCGAGACUACAUUCAUACGGAUCCGAAUCCAACUGCUACAAUUGUGUUUCGCGGAACUGUCAUCGGCGAUUCACCGCCAGCUCCUAAAGUCGCUUCCUUCUCCAGCCGGGGUCCGAACUACAGGACGGCGGAGAUUCUAAAACCAGACGUUAUAGCUCCGGGAGUUAACAUUUUGGCCGGCUGGAGCGGCUACAGCAGUCCGACCGGUCUAAACAUCGAUCCUCGAAGAGUUGAGUUCAAUAUCAUCUCCGGAACUUCAAUGUCUUGCCCUCAUGUCAGUGGCGUCGCCGCCUUACUCCGAAAGGCUUUUCCGACGUGGUCACCGGCUGCAAUCAAAUCUGCUCUGAUCACCACUUCUUAUUCUUUGGACAGUUCCGGCAGCCCAAUCAAAGAUCUCGCCACAAGCGAAGAAUCAAAUCCAUUCGUCCAUGGCGCCGGCCAUAUCGAUCCCAACCAAGCUCUGAAUCCAGGCCUGAUUUAUGAUCUCACUCCUCAAGAUUACGUUUCAUUUCUCUGCUCAAUUGGUUACGAUUCUAAACAAAUAGCCGUUUUCGUGAAGGGUUCUUCAUACUCCCAACUUUGUGAACACAAGCUGAGCAACCCCGGCAACCUGAAUUACCCAUCAUUCUCCGUCGUGUUCGACGACGGCGAGGUGGUGAAAUACACGAGAACAGUGACCAAUGUAGGAGAUGAAACUGAAGUUGUUUAUGGAGUGAAAGUAGAAGCUCCACAAGGCGUUGAAAUCAGUGUUGUUCCAAACAAGCUGGAGUUCAAUAAAGAGAAGACAACACUGUCUUAUGAGAUCACAUUCACCAAAAUCAAUGGAUUCAAGGAAUCAGCAAGCUUUGGAUCAAUUCAAUGGAGUGAUGGAAUCCACAAUGUUAGGAGUCCAAUCGCCGUGUCCUUUAAGACUGGAUCCAUAGCUUCGAUGUAAGUUGGGUAUUUAUUGUUUUUUGAGAUUUGUAUUAGGAUAUUUAAUAGUGCAAUACUUUGGUGGUUUCCGCCAUUGUUGGUGGCUACCAAAGCUCCUCUUUCUGUACAGUACAAUUUGGAGGAGAUUGCACUGUUCAUUUAGAAUACUCCUCCAAUGGAAUAAUAAUACUAAACUCUAUAAUAAUAUUCCUUAA